CGUAGCGACGUGCUCGUGCGGGAGACUGAGCCGUCCGUUGUGCUCUGUUCUGAUUGGCUGUGGGGGAGAUAUUUACGGAAGUAGUUUAUUUAGAUAGAAAGGAUAGUUUUCGACCUCGUCUUAAUAUGCAGACACCGCAGCAUGUAUUUGACCUAAACACGGAUUUGUCUAAGUCUCGUGGGACAACUCGUGUUCUUGUUGGAGUGACGGGAAGCGUUGCGGCAUUGAAACUGCCUUUUUUAGUAUCCCAGCUUCUUCAUCUCCCCGGGGUGGAUGUAAGAGUAGUCACCACGGAGCAUGCCAAGCACUUCUACAAUCCCGCAGAGGUUUCUGUAAAAAUCUACAGUGACAAAGAUGAGUGGGAGCUGUGGACUCAGAGAACGGAUCCUGUGUUGCACAUUGAGCUACGGCGAUGGGCAGACCUUCUGGUCAUUGCCCCGCUUGAUGCCAACACUCUUGGAAAGAUUGCGAAUGGAAUUUGUGACAAUCUCUUGACAUGUGUGGUAAGAGCCUGGGAUACCAGUCGUCCUCUCCUGUUCUGCCCUGCAAUGAAUACUGCCAUGUGGCAGCAUCCCAUUACAGACCAGCAGGUAUCCAGGCUCACAGAGUUUGGAUAUGUGGAUGUCCCCUGUAUUUCUAAAAAGCUAGUAUGUGGAGAUGAAGGUAGGGGGGCCAUGGCAGAGGUCUCAACUAUUGUCAGUGUUGUUAAUCAGUAUCUUCAGAAGCCAGAUUAGACAUUUUCGAAAACAUGUUCUUAACAUUGUACAGCAGGCGGCAAAAUAAAUAUUGAUAAAGCAUGAUGACCUCUUCAAAAUGACUUCAUAUCUAAAGCUCUGAGGACCUACACACCCAUUCAAAAUCCACAGUUUUUAUCCAUUGGAUCUCUUUUUUUCUUGGGAUUGUGUGGGUAUACGGAUCACUAGUUUUUGUGUCUGGGCAACAUGUAAAUGUGUGAAAGUUAUUUUUAUCUGCAGAUUCGUAUUAGUGUUCAUUAAGCUUACUGUAAUAAUAUGCUAUUUCUACACUUGUCUGCUGGAAUUGGUUGAACAAAAAUAAAAAUCCAUGUGAAAAAAAUUACUUCUCACU